AUGAGUGUCGUAGCCAGUAGACCGGAUAGCCCUGCUGUGCCCUACAAUAUCCCGCAUGACGAUGGCAAGGAUUGGACAGUGACCGUUCAGCCGGUCCCAUCGCGAACCUCCUCCAUUUCCUCCUACAGAUCUAACUAUACCGCCUCGACCGCGCCAACCUCCAACCCGCCCACAUCUCCAACUCCCUCAUCUCGCCAAUGCGAUUCAGUGGGGUCAAUCCCCAAGAGCAUCGAGCCCGUUCAACGACGAGUACCCCACGAGGUAUACGAUGCCAUCAUCGAUAACCUCGAAAACUUCCACAAGGCCUCUCACCAGACGGGCUGCACAACAUGCUUUCAACGCGACCUUCACGCCUUAUCCUUGACCUGUAGGUCAUGGGAGAAGGUAGUUCGCGCACGACUAUAUACGCAAAUACACAUUGUUGGCAACGACUCACCCGCCCAAUUGAAGAAAUAUCGUCUGAAAAGAGGCAGUCGCUUAAAGCUGUUGAGACGCACCUUGCGAGAGCGAAAGUCACUAGCAAAUCAAGUCCGCGAGUUACGCGUUCCCCAGAUGGACUUGCUCUUCACGACUACAAAACAAAGCGCACAGUGGCAAGAGUAUCGCGAUCUGAUUGCCUCCGUUGUUAUGGUUUGUCCGAACCUGGAGCGAUUACUUGGCCUGACAAUUCCUUAUCACCAUGAGUUUGACCGAUUGACACACGCUUUAUCCACACGCAAGAAGUUGAAAGAGCAUACCUGGGUUCUGGGGGAGGCAGCUGAAGUGACUGAAAUGUCACCGCGGGGUGACUCCUGCCCGGGCAGCCUGGGCCCCUGCCAAAUGUUCGAGUUCUUGGAUUACCAUGUCUCAUGGACGACUCUGGAAACAUUGAUGCUGUAUGGAUUGAAUGGGAACGGGGCACUAGAACCCAGUCUCUUUUUGCGCAUGAUUGAUCUUCUCCCUUCUUUGAAGAACCUAUGCAUCUCUUCUUUUAAUGAGGAUGCUUUUGCCGAUAGUACUUUAUUGUGCCUGCCUGCGCUAGAAUCCUUGAGAUUGGAGAACCUACCUGGGGUCACAGAGGGUGGUCUGACCCAAUAUACCUCUCGUCAGGAAUCCCUCUCUCUCAAGUCGUUUGUCCUGGUGGAGCAGAACAUUGAGUCUCUACUUGUCAUCUCCAAGAUUCUCUCCUCGCUUCGCCAACUCGAACGCUUCAAAUUUGUACAAACCGCCAAAUGUCCUAUUAUGCCUGAUGAAGGAAUGGUUUUCCAGCCCAUCUUGGCUUCUUCGACCCUGAAAUACCUACACUGGGAUGUAGCUUGUCCAGAUCCCGGCACAGCCCUCACCCAACUCGACUGUCUCCCUUUCCAGAACCCCAAGAAAAAUUCCGACACCCCCAAUUCUCAUCUCGCCCAAAGCAUUCUCUCCGCCGGAUUCCCAGAACUCGAAACCCUUCGUGCGCCGAACGACGUGGAACCUCCCGGUGCUUUACAAGCCGUUUGCCGACCCAUCACUAAAGGCCAAGCUCUGUUACGACCCGACCGAUACAGCUUGCCUCGCAGCUCCCACGGCUCGGUCAAUACUCGGCCACUCGCCUUACCCUCCGGGAAUAACCUGACCAGUUCGCGAAUUCGUGCACAAACUUUCAUCGAUAUGGCUAUCAAAGACCCGGAAGCCGGCCUUCCCGUAUUGAUCCAAGAUUUUUCCGAUGACUUUCUGCCCGACAAUGCCCUUGCAGCAUCAUUCGAAGAUGAGCCCGAACAAGAAAUGGAUGACUAUGGCAUAUGGGCUGCCGCCGAGCGAUAUAAAAACCGAUCUCCUGACCUCGACGACGAGCAUAAGGGGCCAAGAACAGUAUACGAAUUUCGAAUGCCGGCUUACAUGGGCCGUAUAGGUCUCAGAGACCCCCUGACCAAUGCGUCUAUUCCACGAUUCCUCCUGCGUCCCGAUAUUACUGGUCAGGAAUCAGAUGGUGGUUUAAUCGGAUGGAAGCAAUUGCUUGCAUCCAAUCAGUCAUUAUCAUACGCUGCCGGGAUGGGUGUCCAUUGUUUUGAUAGCCGCAGUACGGUCUCUUUGCCAGUGAUCGAAGAUAUAGCCUCUCCAUCUUCAACAACUACCUCGCGAUUUGGAUGGGGUAGCUUAAGUGGGCGAUCGACAGGCACCCCGGCAACCCCUACUACUCCUGUCACCACCAUGAGCAUCGGAUCCAACUCUGCCCUUCCUUGGGAGAAGGAUUCUUGCACUGGAUCCUGGAAUCAUAAAAUGGGCCGGGAUUGGUGGUUUCAUAUGGAACGCGAUCGCCCGGGAAAUUCCGAGCUCGUCAAUAUCCACCAACUCUUUUAA